UCCUUUUGCUUUGCUGGUAAUAGCAGAGAGGAAGGAGGGGGUGGGCACAGGGAAAAGAGAAAACAGAGCAAGAAUUGCAUGCCAUUAUGCCUGAAUAUAUCCUUUACUUGUAGAUAAUUCCAUCCGAGUUGCACUUUUGCCUUUUAUUUCCGUUUUUGGACACCUCUUUUAUCAUCCAGCCAACUGGGACAGACAAAGCACUGCUGGUGCCCUGAGCGACAGAACUCUGGUAGGGGGCUGGCUGUAAAUUGACGUGGCAUGGAAAUUCUCCGCUAAGUUGUAGCAGCUUGCAUGUUUCUCCUAAGAUCAAGCCCAGCCUCCCAGAGCUGUAGCUUAAUCAUCAUGGGUUCAACGACUUUACAGAAAAAUGGAUAGAAAAAGUCUUCAGCUCCUUUCUUUGGACUCAAAUGUUUUCCUUUUGACUACCUAUGGUUUAGCUGGAAAAAUCAAAGCAGUUAAGUCUGUAACUUUCUUUUUGCAGCUAAAACAACAGAUUUUGCUGCUCUCCCUCCCCUAUCCUGCACUUUAAUUCCUUACAGACUCUGCUAUGGGGUGCGGACUUAGAAAGCUUGAAGACCCUGAGGAUAGCAGUCCUGGAAAAAUAUUUUCUACCCUGAAGAGACCGCAAGUGGAAACAAAGACAGAAUUUGCUUACGAAUAUGUAUUGCUGGAUUUUACUUUACAAGCUUCCCCGAACCCAGAAGUCAUCAAGAUAAAUUCAAUUCCAGAUAUAGUAACAAAAGUGGAAGACUACUAUCUUAAAGGAUACAUUGUUGGAGCCAUUCAUCCUGUGAUACAACCUGUGGGGCCAAGGAAACACCUACCCGCAAGUUACAUGUACAGAGUGGUGCUGUUGCGCUCAAAAUCAAGCCCGAAGCAUUCAGCAGUACCCAGCGGACAAAGAUGCCCGAGACUUGUGAUUGAGGAAUAUCUUCUAACUGAUGAGACACAAACAAAUGACAUAGCAAAAGAACUGAUAGAAAAGAUUAAUAUAGCUGCUAAGAGAGGAAUGAAAUUUGUUGGAUUCCUAUCACAGCCUUACCCACCACUUAAAUUCUGCAACGGAACCAACCAUGAUGGAGAUACAGAAUCAACACUGUCUGUGAGACACACUUCAGAGGAAAACUGUAAAAGUUGGAAUGAAGGAACAUUGAGUGGGCAGUCAUCUGAGAGUGGAAUUGAGGAAGAACUUCAUCAUGAAAGUGGACAGUGUCAAAUGGACCGAGAUGGCAGCCCCAGUUACUCUAAAUCCAGAAGGGGAGAAGAUAACAAAUUGUAUAUGGUAUUCAAUGUUUUUGAUGAUGAAUCAACCUGUUGGACCUAUCAGGAAGGCGUCCUGUCAAUGAAAGUAACAAGAAAAGGAUCUGUCAUUAGUACGCUUGAUGCUGAUUGGCUGGAAUUAACUACAUUUUAUUAUAAGCAAGGCUUGUCUUUAAUUGAUUCUUUUGUAUGCUGGGAAACAUCUAAAGGGGACCCUCUGCCUAAAUCUUUGGAAGGAUUCUUUAUCUACGAAGAGGAAGGUUCUGGAGUUCCAGGUUCCAUUAGGAAAGGAAAUGAUGCCAUUGUAGUAGAACAAUGGACCGUUAUUGAGGGCUAUGGAAUCAAAGCGGACUACGGCCCCCUGCUGCACACUCUGGCUGAGUUUGGAUGGCUGCUGACGACAGUGUUGCCCACACCUGUACUAAGACAUGACAGUGAAGGGAAUUUGGCUACAAAACAAGUUGUGUUCCUUCAGAGACCAGUUAUGUGGAAUUCAGCUGCUCAAACACCAGAAAGGAGAGCCAGCCGGCACGCGAAGGGUGAGGACCGGAGCAGAGCCCCCAGCAGGAGCGUCGGGGCGGACACGGCCGCAUCGCCGCCCGCCGACGGCAGAAACCUGCCCGAGGAGCGCCUCGUGUCCCCGUCGCGGGAGCGCUGGGCCGGCGAGCGCAGGCCGGUCCCGCACGGCGGCGGCGACAGCGCGCUGCGGGAGCUGGACGACGGCCAGUUUGACCAGGAGGACGCAGUGACUCAAGUCACUUGUAUGUGACCGACGAAGUCACGCCACAGAAGGCCUGUAAAUAAGUACUCCAGUAAUCGCCAACCGGCUUCAUUAUAUUACUUUACCUGCAUUUAUGUCACACCUUCGACUGUUCCAGACUCAGGCUUUCCUCUAAUCUGCAUAAACUUUGGUUCAACCUCAGACAAGGAAACAUAACCAACUUAUUUGUAAAUUUAGAAUCGUGUUUACACUUCUCUCAACUAAAACAUCUGUUUAAACAGAUGUUUCAUUAGGUUAUUAACCAAUAAUCUACUUCAGUUUCUCAUGAAUGUUACAGGAUGUACUUUUCGUUCAGUUUCUGGAGAGAAAACUAAAUAGAUCAACCAGUAUUUCACCUAAUUAGAAAGUUCUCAGGAAGUCAGAAUCUUACUUAAGGUAAAAAGCAGUCUCUCUCUCUCUCUCUCUCUUUUGAAAUCCCUCUCUCUCUUUCGCAUACCUGUAAAGGGAAAAUUAAUGAAAUACCUAUUUCCUGAAUAUAACAAUUAAUCCAAAUUUUGUCUUUUAGUGAUGAUAUGUAUAUAAAAAGCAAGCUCCCGUUUGUUAAAAUAUUCUUCAAAAACAUCUUUUUGUAUGUCUUUACUUUUAAAGAAAGGGUCACCAAGUUACCAGCCCUGUACUGACUCAUUGAGCUUAAAUUUUAUUGCUUCUAAUGGCCUAGAUAUAGAGCAAAGCAGCCUUCCUCAAAAUUCAAUAUGAAAAGAACCCAUAAUCUCAACAUUUAAAAACUUUAGUAGAAUGAAAUAAUUUUCUUCAUCUUAAAUUGCAAGAAUAAAAAGGUACUCAGAGUCCAUGUGUAUGGAGACCCAUCUCUUUUAUCUCUGCUUUUCUUGUUCUGCCUUGCCCAGUCUUUCCUAAAGAUUAAAAUUCUACAUCAUAGAGGAUUUUCAUCUAUCUAUGAAAGGCUUACUUUGAAAUGUGGGAAUUUUCAAGUGAAAUACAACUGACUUUGCCAUUGAUGAAUGCAGCCUAUUAUCUAUUUUUAUUAGCAUUGGUGUUGACAUUAUAAGAUAAUUUGAAUAAUAAAAUGUCAUUUGUUA